CAACACGGCCAUGUUGACGCGAACUGAAGAAACAUGCUAUUCAGCAUUUCACUAAAUUAUUCGUCGUACAAAACUCCCUGAAUAGCAUAAAUAUCAAAUAAUGCCAGUCUUGGCAGUUUCUUUGUCUAAGAUAUGCAGAUUUACAAGUUAGGAAGUUCACCUUUUUCGCCAUAAAAUAAAAAGUGCUGAAGAUUCUUUUGUCAUUUGUGACAGUAUUUGGAGGCUUCAUGAUAAGUCGUUCUGGAAAUUAAUCCUCGUCAUAGGUUCCACAAAUAAACCCAACAGAAAAUAAAACGAAAAAAUGCCCAUUUGAUUCAAGUCAAUAGCGCUCUCUGGCGUGUGAAUGGAGUGACUGCAAAAUUCGAGUCCAAGCAAUGGACACUAUAAGUAUCAGCACCCUGGUGCAAAGUUCUUUAAACGUAAUUUUGGAAAUUUCGUUUUCAUAAACAUGUACGGGCUGCAUAAAACUUCAUGGCUAAAUUCAUAAUUCAGAGAAUGGAUGUUCCUCGAUAAAUCGGACAACGCUGCAUAAGAAGUCGACCAUUUACACCAAUCAGAAUGAGUAUAUCAUUCGGCUGUAGGCUACUACCAAUCAUAUUUCCUGUCACUACAACGAGGCGUGGUUCAGUGUAUGGUAGGUUUCAGAGAUUAUCAGAACGAAGUCGUUGGAAAUGAUCCUUGCAUGAAAGCGUCUAGCUGAGCUGGUGAAGUGCUGGGAUUUAGUGUAGCAUUUUGCGUUUACGGUCUUGAGCUGCGUUUAUCACAAUGUCGCGUUAUCGUGAAUGGGAUCUCUCAUGCAAAGUAUAUGUUGGCAAUUUGGGAAGCAGUGCAUCGAAACACGAGAUUGAAUCAGCUUUUAGCAAAUAUGGUCCGCUGAGGAAUGUUUGGGUAGCUAGAAAUCCUCCAGGUUUUGCUUUUGUUGAGUUUGAGGAUCCCAGAGAUGCCGAGGAUGCAGUACGGGGUUUGGAUGGAACACGCAUGUGUGGGACACGAGUUCGUGUAGAGAUGUCAGGUGGUGGGGGUGGGGGUGGUGGGCGCAGAGGUUCUGCCCCUACACGCUAUUCCAGAUCACGCUCACCACGUAGGCGUUCGCACAGCAGAUCGCGUUCCAGGAGUCGCUCUCCCAGGCGUUCACGCUCUGAUUCCAGAGACAGGCGAUGAAUGUUUUGUGUGAACAUAUUUCAAUGGAUUACUGGCACAGCACAACAUGUUGUUGUGCUCUGUGACGUCGGCUUAAUAACAGCUUUCAGAAGUGACUGGACUCAUUGACGUUAUUUUAGUUUGUAUUUUCCUUUGGUGUAUUCUCACAUGUCAUCUGUCAUUACCUUUCUGUUCUUGUGUUCAUAAUAGAAUUAAAUCUCUUAAGUUUAGGGUUCUGAAUGUAACAAUUGUAUGAUUCCUUUUAUCAUCAAAGAAUUAAAUUUCUUACGUGUAGGGUACUGAAUGUAACUAUGAUUCCAUUAUCAUUAAAUAAUUCUUGUCACAUU